UUAAUGAGACUCAAUGAAACUGUUAACAAACGUGAAUGGGUGUUCUGGUGUUCAAUUAAUAAUUGAUAAAUAUUGAAUUAAUAUAUAUUGGGUUGGUGAUUAUUGAUAUGUGUUCUGGGAACUAAAAACGUCAGCAGUAGAAUUGUAAAAUUAUAAUUCAUUCGAACGGAAUGACUAUACGUCUUCAAGAAGUGGUGAGAUCGGAAGUGGAAGGUGGUUUAGCAGGACCAGCCAAUCCGAUACCAAGCCAAUCGAUCGAUUGUGGUUGUGCACAAUUACGAUGUCCGAAAUUAGCAAAAUAUGCAACUCGACGGCUCUUCGUUGGAUUGUUAUCAUGGGUCGGUUUGAUUCAAGCAGCCGCGUAUGCUUACUUAUACGUGGUAGGGCACACAAUCGCAAGGAGAUUCCAAUUUGACCCUUAUGUAAUGGAAUGGGUGCUCUUAAUAUCAGAUUUGAUACCCUUUUUUCUUGGGUUAUUGAUUGCCUAUUGGGGUAAUAGAAUCCAUAGAGCUAGUUGGAUCGGUGCUAUAGUUCUUCUACAAAGCGUUUCAUAUUUUAGUUUAAUAAUUCCUCACUUAACACAUCAAACGAGGAUUAUUGAAGAUACCGAGAACGUCACACAUAUGGCGCUGUAUUCAGAUGAUCAUCGAGAAUUAUGUUCAGAAGUUACAGCUAGUAUCAUCGCUGAAGGGGACUCACCAUGUUAUUUCACCUUUGGUGUACUCAUUGCUGUGCAGAUUAUAACUGGAGUGUCUAAUAUUGCAUAUUUCGCAUUAGGUCUAUCUUACUUAGACGAUAAUACAAAAACGAAACACGUGGCUGCCUUCAUCGGUGUCGUGAUCGGUGUGAAAAUUCUUGGUAUUUUGUUGGGCUACAUCCUGGCAUGGGGUUGCCUUAGAAUUGAUGCGGUGACCUUGACCCCAGUAGAGUCCUACAGGGAACAAAUUGGUGCAUGGUGGCUAGGACUACCAAUCCUCACACUGUUACUUAUAGUUCCUGGCUUACUACUUUCAUGGUUCCCACGUAUGCUGCCAUCCCAGGUCGUCGAACGAGCUGCAGCAUCCUUAUUGAGCAGUUCAGAUAGAUACAUUUCAGCACCUCGAAGAUUAAUUAGUCAAAAAGUAGGCAGCCCUAAUUUUUGGCCUUCAGUGGGUAGAUUGUUCGUUAAUAAAACAUUAAUAUGCCACGUUCUGGCUUGUACUCUGUACCUUAUGGCUACCGUGAAUUUUAUGGCCUAUGAGAAUCUUAUCGCCGAAUCAAGGUUCCAUGUACCAAAACCAACUGGAACGUUACUGGGUUUCGAUGAUCCAAUGCCAUCCAGAAUAGUGUCAAAUAUGUUAAAGCCUAUUCUAAUCGGCUUAAUCAUCAUCACCUCAGGUUUGGUAAUAGCGAAAGCGAAACCCAACGCCAGAAGUAUCAUAGGAUACAAUAUCAUUAUUAUAUUUUUAUCUGCCGGAAUUAUAUUCGCACUAUCAGCCACUUCUUGCAUGAAGAAACCUAUCGUUGGUACUGAUAGUAAAGGCUCGUUGCAACUGCUUAGAUAUUGCAACAAAGAUUGCCGUUGUUCGGCUGACGCUGAUUUCCGUCCUGUGUGCGACAUCAAAGGGAUGUACACAUUCUAUAGCCCUUGCCAUGCCGGAUGCACCUCCUCUGAUUACAAAAACGGGAUAACAAUGUAUGAUGGUUGUAGAUGCGUGCAAGCAAUGCCUGGUUCGAAUAGUAUGGAAGCCAUUGAUGGACCUUGUGGUUUGAAUGGUUGCCAAGUUAGUUGGUUAAGCUUUGAGUUUGGCACUUUACUAGUGUACAUACUGAUUGCUUCGACAUUUGUGGGUGACUUUUUGAUACUCUUAAGAUCAGCCCACACACAAGACAAAGCGAUCAGCGUGGGCUUCUGGUUGAUGUGGUCAGCAUUAAUUGUGAACGUACCUGGAAAAAUUCUAUACGAAGUAAUUGCCAAUUUGACGUGUCAGUAUUGGGGCACUCGAAGGACCACGUGCCGUCUUCAUGACAGUUCCAAACUCGGCGAUUUCCUGUGUUAUGUCACCGGCUCUCUGUUGGUCCUAAGUGUUUUGUUGAAAAUGCUGUUAUGGAUCUUUUCUGAAGAUCUCAAACUCUACGUUCAAAAGGAGGAAGCAACUGCAGGGGCUGAGAUGCAGGAAUUAAUUCAAAAUACUGCUGCUACGUCUAGACAAAAAACAGAACAGCCUAACACUGAAAAUGAUAACGAAACCACAGUUCAGGUGGAACCGAGGAGAGAAUCAACACCCCCAAUAACCAACAUUUCUCAAGAAGAUUCGGAACGUCAAGAAGCUGAAAAGGCACCUUUGAAAUACGGUCCUCUUGGUCCUGGCGAUCGUCGAACCGAUUCAAAAUCCUCUCUCAAUCAAAUAUCGCAGACUCCUAGAUCAACAAUGCGAUACCUGGACUCCGAGGACGAUUUGAGUUCCAGUGACGAUGACAGAAAAGACCCUAGUCCCAAGGUAGCAUACAAACCACUGGACCUCGAUUCCGACGUAGAAAGUGAUUUGGUAAACGUACCACCGAGAUCACGAAAACGUAUCUCAAGCAAAGAGUACGAUAGCUCUUCACCUUCGAAACGCGAAUUUCCAAACCCGGAUAACUAUGAUGAUCCAAGGUUAACGAGACAAAUGAGAUACAAUAAUGCAGAUGGUUCUUCAGAAACCAGCAGCUUUGAGUACUCUAAACAGAGACAUGAAAAUGAGAUACAAACGAAGGGAGACUUCAAUGAAGUUGGUAUACCCAUAGUGGAUUCCAUUCCUUCGGGAGCUCCCAGGUCUGAUUCACGUUUCAUGAAAGAUGUGAAAUCGUUAAUUAAUAAAUAUGAAUUGAAUGCAGAGCAGCAAGCUAGCGGAGAUCAAGGGUCGGUUAAAUCUGGUGGAAGUGUUAGAUCAGAGGGUAAAAUUGUUUCAGGAAUACCAUUGGUAGCUAUGGCGUCGAAGAAACCUUCUUCAAGGAACCCGUCUUCUUCAGGGUUCAGUAGUAUUGAUAAUAAUAGGUCGGAGUCGCGCGAAAGCAACAGUCCAAAAACGUCCAGCAAAGGCAGUGUAGGUACCCUCCAUACAGACUUUUAAUGUUCAUUACACUGUUUUGAGGGAAAUCAUUGUAUCGAAGUAAGUUUAUAGAAAUAUCUUAUUUAUUUUUGUGAAGACAUCUCGUUGUUGAAUAUUGCAUUUAUAAUAACAGUUUGAUGUACAGGAAAAUUUAUUAGGAACAUAGCUAGAUUAGAGAUAUUUCCGAACGAUGGGAGAUAAGAGUUAAGAACAGUUUCACGGUAUCAGCAGUUACGUUAGCCUUGUGUUUGAUGUAGAUAGAAAAGUUAUUGGAGAUUGUGCGAGAAUUCUCAUCGAAUCUUUUGAUUGUGCUAAAAAUACACUUCUUUGUUUUUUGUAUUGUAAUUAUGAGAAUUUUUUAUUCGAAAUUGUAAUUUAGAACAUUCCUGGGGGUUAUUAAUUAAUUAAAUUAAUUCUUGCAGAAAAUAAUGAAAUUAUUUUGGACUCGUAUGAAAUUGCCAGAUAUCUCCAAAUUUUUCUGAUAUAUUCUGUAAAUACGAAAAGAAUUAGAAUCCUGUAAGAAAAGUGCAUGAUAAAAAAAUUUUAAAUUGUUAUUGUAAUGUGUAAAUCAUAAGAAAUAUGUUACUGAUAUUUAUUUCAUAUUUUGUUAAGAUCAUUUACCAGUAAGUAGAAAAGAUUUAUAUAACAUGUUUCGAAAAACUUAAAAAGUCUCAUAACUACAGAUUCUUUAUUCCAAAACGAAUCGAAAAGUCCUGUGCCAUUUUACGAUUAAAGGCUCUGUUUCUAAGAUAUAAGCGAUUAAAGAUUGAAUGUUUGCGAAUGCGCGGGUACCGUUUAAAUUGCGUCGUUACACGUGACUUCCUGUGCGCGCCCAAUUUAAACUUAGAAACAAAACCCCGGAUCGAAAAACGGUAAAGGGCUUCUUAACUCGUCUUGAUCUCAAAAAUCUAUACUUUGUAUAUUGAACAUUUUGGAGACACUUUGUGUUCCUGUACAAGAAAUAGAACAGAAAAUCUGUUACAAAUUGUGAUUAUAAAUUUUUGCAGAAUCCGUAUGCUUAAAGCAAUAAAGCUUAUUAUUACGUAACAUAGAUUUUGUGGAAAAAAAAAAUGUAUUUUAUACGUAUUUUAAUUACAUAUUCAUGACUGUAUUAAAGUAACACUGCCAUCACAUAUAUUGCAAAAUAAUUUUAUCAAAU